GGAGCGCCACACCGGGAAUGGCCACCUCUGUCCACACCUGGAGGAGCACGGUCGGUGGUGGACUCACCCAGUCACAAAGCUGCUGAGGACAGCUCAGGGACGCGUGUGCCGAGACGGGAAGGUGACGUCCGCGGGCCACAGAGCCAUGCCUUUCGGUCUGAAGCUCCGCCGGACGCGGCGCUACAAUGUCCUGAGCAAGAACUGCUUUGUCACCCGGAUCCGCCUGUUGGACAGCAAUGUUAUCGAGUGCACGCUGUCGGUGGAAAGCACGGGCCAGGAGUGCCUGGAGGCGGUGGCCCAGAGGCUGGAGCUGCAGGAGACACACUACUUUGGCCUCUGGUUUCUCAGCAAAAGCCAACAAGCACGAUGGGUGGAGCUGGAGAAACCUCUGAAGAAGCAUCUGGACAAAUUCGCUAACGAACCUCUGCUUUUCUUCGGAGUCAUGUUCUAUGUGCCAAAUGUGUCCUGGCUGCAGCAGGAGGCCACCAGAUACCAGUAUUACCUGCAAGUCAAAAAAGACGUGCUUGAAGGGCGACUGCGGUGUACGUUGGAACAGGUGAUUCGGCUAGCCGGCUUAGCUGUGCAAGCUGAUUUUGGAGAUUAUAAUCAGUUUGAUUCUCAAGAUUUCCUCAGAGAAUAUGUGUUAUUUCCUAUGGACUUGGCCCUGGAAGAGGCUGUUCUGGAGGAGCUGACUCAGAAGGUGGCUCAGGAACACAAAGCCCACAGUGGAAUCCUGCCAGCGGAAGCAGAACUCAUGUACAUCAAUGAAGUGGAACGUUUGGAUGGGUUUGGACAGGAAAGCUUCCCUGUGAAGGACAAUCAUGGAAACGGUGUGCACCUCGGUAUUUUCUUUAUGGGGAUUUUCGUGAGAAACAGAAUUGGAAGACAAGCAGUCAUAUACAGGUGGCAUGACGUCGGGAAUAUUACUCACAACAAGUCCACCAUUCUAGUGGAGUUCAUCAGCAAAGAAGAGACCGCCCUCUUUCACACGGACGAUAUCGAUAAUGCCAAAUAUAUUUCUCGGCUGUUUGCUACGCGGCACAAGUUUUACAAACAGAACAAAAUCUGCACUGAACAGUCAAACUCUCCACCACCCAUCAGACGCCAGCCCACCUGGAGCCGGUCCUCCCUGCCCCGGCAGCAGCCGUACAUCUUGCCGCCCAUGCACGUCCAGUGUGGGGAGCACUUCUCAGACACCCACACUUCACAAGACAGCAUUAUCCAUGGAAAUGAAGAAGCCUUUUACUGCAAUUCUCACAACAGCCUGGACUUGAACUACUUAAAUGGCACCGUUCCCAACGGCAGCGUCUGCAGCGUUCACAGCGUCAACUCCCUCAACUGCUCCCAGAGUUUCAUCCAGGCGUCUCCCGUGUCCUCCAACCUCAGCAUCCCGGGGAGUGACAUCAUGCGGGCUGACUACAUCCCCAGCCACCGGCACAGUGCCAUCAUCGUCCCGUCUUACAGGCCGACCCCUGAUUACGAGACAGUCGUGCGGCAGAUGAAGAGGGGUGUUGUGCACACGGACAGCCAGAGCCAGUCUCUGAGGAACCUCAACAUCAUCAACACCCACGCCUACAACCAGCCGGAGGAGCUGGUGUACAGCCAACCCGAGAUGCGAGAGAGGCACCCCUACACUGUCCCUUACGGGCUGCAGGGGGGCUACGGUAACAAACUGGUCAGUCCGUCUGACCACAUGAGCCCAAAGAACCACAUGGCGCCGAGCAAGCCCGGGGUGAGCGCCAUCUCACACACGGUGAGCACCCCAGAGUUGGCCAACAUGCGGCUCCAAAGCAACCAGAACUACAGCACAGCCCACAUGCUCAAGAACUAUCUCUUCAGGCCCCCGCCCCCCUACCCACGCCCCCGCCCAGCCACCAGCACCCCGGACCUGGCCAGCCACCGCCACAGGUACGUCAGUGGCAGCAGCCCGGACCUGGUGACACGGAAGGUGCAGCUGUCCGUGAAGACCUUCCAGGAGGACAGCUCCCCUGUGGUGCAUCAGUCUCUGCAGGAGGUCAGCGAGCCCCUCACGGCCACCAAGCACCACGUGAACAAGCGCCACAGCCUGGAGGUGAUGAACAGCAUGGUUCGGGGCAUGGAGGCCAUGACGCUCAAGUCACUCAACAUCCCCAUGGCUCGCUGCAACACGCUCCGGGAGCAGGGGCCGCCGGAGGAGGUGCCGGGGGGCCCCGAGGUGCACCAGCUUCCCCAGUAUCACCACAAGAAGACCUUCUCCAAUGCCACGAUGCUGAUCCACAGCAGCGAGAGCGAGGAGGAGGAGGAAGCUCCGGAGUCCGUAGCGCAGAUCCCCGUGGUCCGCGAGAAGGUGGAGUACAGCGCACAGCUGCAAGCAGCCUUGGCUCGCAUCCCGAACAAGCCCCCGCCCGAGUACCCCGGCCCGAGGAAGAGUGUUAGCAAUGGGGCACUGAGGCAAGACCAGGUUAGCCUUCCUUCUGCCAUCGCCAGAGCCAGGGUGCUGCGGCACGGGCCCGCCAAGGCCGUCAGUGUCUCCCGCCCAGACCAGCUGGCCGUCAACGGGGCCUCCCUCGGCCCCUCCAUCUCAGAACCCGACCUGACAAGCGUGAAGGAGCGGGUCAAAAAAGAGCCUGUGAAGGAGAGACCUGUGUCUGAGAUGUUCUCCCUGGAGGACAGCAUUAUAGAGAGAGAGAUGAUGAUCAGGAAUCUGGAGAAGCAGAAGAUGGCAGGCCUGGAGGCGCAGAAAAGGCCCCUGAUGUUGGCAGCGCUCAACGGGCUCUCGGCUGCUCGGGUCUCAGGGCGGGAGGAGAGUCGGAUUGAUACCACACGAGUUCACAUAGACGAGAGGUUCAGAACCCUGAAGAAGAAGCUGGAAGAAGGAAUGGUGUUCACAGAAUAUGAGCAGAUCCCAAAGAAAAAGGCUGAUGGCAUUUUCAGCACAGCAGCUCUCCCAGAAAACGCUGAGCGCAACCGAAUCCGAGAAGUAGUCCCCUAUGAGGAGAAUCGAGUUGAGCUGAUACCAACCAAGGAAAAUAACACUGGUUACAUUAACGCCUCCCACAUCGAGGUGGUGGUCGGUGGGGCCGAGUGGCACUACGUUGCCACGCAGGGGCCCCUGCCACACACGUGCCAUGACUUCUGGCAGAUGGUGUGGGAGCAGGGAGCAAACGUGAUCGCCAUGGUCACUACAGAGGAGGAGGGCGGACGAACCAAGAGCCACCGAUACUGGCCCAAGCUGGGCUCCAAGCACAGCUCAGCCACCUAUGGCAAGUUCAAGGUCAUCACAAAGUUCCGAACAGAUUCUGGUUGCUAUGCAACCACAGGUUUGAAGGUCAAGCACCUUUUGUCUGGGCAGGAAAGGACAGUGUGGCAUUUGCAAUAUACCGACUGGCCGGAUCACGGCUGCCCAGAGGACGUCCAAGGAUUCUUGUCCUACUUGGAAGAGAUCCAGUCGGUCCGUCGCCAUACCAACAGCAUGUUGGAAGGUACCAAGAACCGGCUUCCUCCCAUCGUGGUCCAUUGCAGUGCCGGGGUGGGCAGGACGGGCGUGGUCAUCCUCUCAGAACUGAUGAUCUACUGCCUGGAGCACAAUGAAAAGGUGGAAGUCCCCAUGAUGUUGAGACUCCUCAGGGAGCAGAGGAUGUUCAUGGUCCAGACCAUCGCUCAGUACAAGUUUGUCUACCAGGUCCUCAUCCAGUUCCUCCAGAACUCCAGACUCAUUUAAUCCCCAUGAUCCACCUCCAUCUCACCAAUGGGGAGGCACCUCUAGACAACAUCUGCUCCCCAACAGGAUGCAGAUGGCUGGCAGCAGGCAGGCCGCAAGCUCUCCUAAGAUGGCAGGAUUCUUCACAGAUAGACAUCAUGUAUUAUUUUAUAUGAGAUAAUUUAUUUUUCCCCCUUUGGAAUAAUGUUUGUGAAUCAUUUUAAUGCAAUUUUCACAAUGUAAUACUUUUUCAUUUGAACCACAUGAUGACCGAUCUGCAUUGUAACACAUCAGUAGGGAAGAUUGCCCAGUGGGUUGUUCUGGGGACCGAGGCGUAAGGGGACACAUCUCUAGUGAAGUUGCAGCCAGAUUUGUAACCAGCCCUGAAAUCCAUCAGCUUAAUUACUCAUGUCCAAAUCAAAGAUGGCAAGAAAAUGAAUUCAUCCUGAAAUAUAAAGAAAAGGGUCAAGAUCCUUUUUGGAAGAAAAACACACGAUGCUCUUAUAUUUUCUGGCUUGGGAGUCUUGAUGGACAGUUGGUCUCCUCCCUCCUUCCUUUCUGCCCUCACCCUCAUUAGUCUCUCUCUGUUUCUCCUUCCAAGCUCGAGUUAAAGAUGGGAAGAGCCAGGGGAGCGCUCCCUUUCGGUGUAGUGAUUGCUCUCUUCCAGGAUGAAUGGGCAGCUCUAUGCUGUAUCUUAACCGACCACCCGUUAUCCUGGGCUCUGCAGCCUGUGUUCGCCUGCCGGGGACUCCACCCUGGACCUUUGCUGCUCCCCCUGUUCACUCUGAGAGCCCAGCCUGGUGGCCCUGAGUCCCUGCGCCAGGCCAUCUGUUCAGUUCGGCUCCUUGCCUGAUUGCGAGGGGAUAAUGGCCCGAGUGGGAAGAGAAAGGGGUCAGGCAGAGCCUUGCUAGUUGUUCUUAUGUAAAUAAGAUGUUUGUGCUGGCCGGGUGCCGGAAGGUUGGGGUGCUGGGCGCCUUCCCUGUUUCCAUCAUGUGCUCAGUCAUUGGGAAGGUUGUAAAGGGAACAGUUGGUGAAGCUGAUGGAUGGGGGCUGUUUGGCACUUAGGUGGCAGGGGCUCUGGCCAGGAGCCCCAUACAGUGAACCCCAGUGUGGUGGGGGUCUUCUCCGGGACCAUCUCCAAGCUCUGGCC